AUGUAGAAGAGGAAAAGCGUGCUGCUGCAGGGACCUUCAAUGUUUUUCAGUCUCUUAGCUUUUUAGAAAUGAAAAUUUUUACACAUUUCAUCACAUAAUCGACUCGGAAAAGUCCAACAGCAGUCGGCGGUCCCGAGGUCCAGAUUUACCAUGGAGCCCAUAAUGAAUCAGAUUUGGCCAAAAGUCUUCCGGCGGCUCCACAGAACCUCACUUCUUCCACGGAGGAACCAUUCAGGAUGUGCUGAGCCUGCCGCUGUUUCUGCCUCCACCAACUCCAGACAAAUCAAGCCCACACUCCUGGUGUCCCGCCUCUACCAGCCCUCAAACCUGCGUGAUGUGGGACAGGACAGCCGGCUACAAGGCGAGAUGACUUGUAAGAGUCAAAGGCUCAUGCAGCAGGCUGGGCUCAUCCAUCCAUCAAACCCCGGUUGUUACUACUACCUUCCUGCCACUGUCCGCUCCAUGGAGAAGCUGGUGAGAGUAAUUGACCAAGAGAUGCAGGCGAUUGGUGGGCAGAAACUGGACAUGCCCAGUUUGUGCUCAGCUGAUCUCUGGAAAACCAGUGAGCGCUGGGACUUGAUGGGAAAGGAGCUGUUCCGUCUGAAAGAUCGCCACGGAGCUGACUACUGCUUGGGUCCCACACACGAAGAGGCAGUGACGACUCUGGUCGCUCACCAGACAACUCUCUCCUACAGGCAUCUGCCUCUGCUUCUUUAUCAGAUCACUCGCAAAUUCAGAGAUGAACCAAAGCCAAAGUUUGGUCUGCUUCGAGGGAGGGAGUUCUACAUGAAGGACAUGUACUCAUUUGAUGUGAGUGAAGAAGCAGCGUACGAGACCUAUGAAUCUGUGCGUCAGGCGUACACCAGGCUCUUCACCCGGCUGGGACUGCAUUGUGUUCAGGUGCAGGCAGACACAGGAAACAUUGGCGGGAAACUCUCCCACGAGUUCCAGCUGCCAGCAGACAUUGGCGAGGACCGACUUCUGGUCUGUGGGAAGUGCUCCUUCUCUGCGAAUGUAGAGACCAUGUCAUCAGGCGGAACUGACUGCCCACAGUGCAAAACUGGCACACUGGUAGAGUCAAAGGGUAUAGAGGUCGGCCACACAUUUUACUUGGGUAAAAAAUAUUCUCAUAUGUUCAAUGCCUCCUUCAACAAUGCCCAGAGCAAGUCUGUUAUCGCAGAAAUGGGCUGCUACGGACUUGGGGUAACUCGCAUUCUCGCCGCAGCCAUUGAGGUGUUGUCAACAGAAGAAGGGAUCCGCUGGCCAGGCCUUCUUGCUCCGUACCAGGUGUGUGUUUUACCCCCAAAGAAGGGCAGUAAGAUGGAUGAGGCAGCAGUUUUGGCUGAGGAGCUGGUUCACACUUUGGGAGAGACUCUGCCUCGUUUGAGAGGUGAAGUUGUCGUUGAUGACCGCACACAGAAGACCAUUGGGAACAGGCUGAAGGAUGCCAGCAGACUGGGCUACCCGUAUGUUAUCAUUGUAGGACAGGGAGCUCUGGAGGAAACACCCAGGUUUGAGGUGAUCUGUCAGCAGACAGGUGAGGCGAUGUUUCUCAGUAAAGAUGGACUCUUGGAUGUCCUCGGAAGAGUGGAAACUGUAUGAAUAACAACUCUAAAUGUGGAUAUGAAUGUGUUUAUGAUUCAGUCAGUGUGGUGGUGGGAAAAUGAAAUAAAAGCCUUGUGUGUGGUAAGUUUUUUUUUUUUUUUUGAGAGGACUGGAGGAUUUCUUUUUCCUUUACAAUGUUAUAAAGGUUAUAAUGUUAAAUGUUAUAAAUUGGCUUAAAUGUCACAACAAAAGCUUUAUAAUGGACCUAAUGAUAUUAAAUUGCAUUUGGUUACUUAAAUCUCAUACACAAUUCAUUUGUUUUUCUGUCCCCAUGCAAAUAAAAACAUAAGAGGUUAUCAGAAUUAAUGAACAUUUGCUGUCGUGUUUUUAUAUGCUUUUGGAUCUGUAACAUACUGACCUCUUAGUACGACUCAAUGCUGACAUACGGCGAAUGCUUUAAAUAAAGCGUCAUGAAAGUGAAGGAAGAGCAACAAAAAAAAUCACAUAUUCUAGUGAUGGAAGAAGUACUCAGGUCCUUAACUUUAGCAAAAGAAGCAUUACAGUGAUAUAUUAACACCCAAAUGCAAAUAAAAAUAUACAAGUAGUAGUUCAAAAAUAAAAGUCAAUUUGCAGGUAAGCCACAUUUAAGAGUUAUGUUUU